CUGCACUACGGGACCCUCCUGGGCAGCAGAGCUUGUGCCCACAUGGCAGCAGCUGCCUGGGCCAGUGCCUUUCUCAAUGCUCUCAUGCACACAGCCAAUGCAUUUUCCCUGCCCCUGUGCCAUGGCAAUGCCCUGGGCCAGUUCUUCUGUGAAAUGCCUCAGAUCCUCAAACUCUCCUGCUCCAAAUCCUACCUCAGGGAAAUUGAGGUUUCUCUUUUCUCUAUCUCUAUAGCUUUAGGUUGUUUUGUUUUCAUUGUUUUCUCCUAUGUGCAGAUAUUCAGGGCUGUGCUGAGGAUCCCCUCUGAGCAGGGACGGCACAAAGCCUUUUCCACCUGCCUCCCUCACCUGGCUGUGGUAUUACUGUUUCUCAGCACUGGCUUUUUUGCCUACCUGAAGCCCCCCUCCAUGUCCUCCCCAUCCCUGGAUCUGGUGGUGUCAGUUCUGUACUCGGUGGUUCCUCCAAUCAGGGUGAACACACUUCAAAGGUACCCAGCGUACCCCGUGUGUGUGGAUACACAAGCAUACCCGCGCCCCGAAGCGAUAAGCCUCGAUAAUCGCUGGCACUCAGAAGGCAAACUUCAGUCUGUCAUCGGGAUGCAAAGGAGUCGUAAAGAAACAAUCCUUCAGAUCCACAAAGAGGACCAGCCAUGGCCCCCAUCAAAAAUCCGUCCUGAUGUGCACCCCCAGACAGAAGAAGAUCACUCCCCCAGAGGUUGGGAGGAGCUGAAGUUGGUCACGGUUUCCAUCUUGCUCAUCAGCUGGAUUCUGUCUCUGCGGUUGCAGAUUCGUGACCAGCACGGGUCGCUGGCUCAUGUAGCAUACCGCCGUCCCUCCCAGGCCCGCAACAGACGUCCCCACUGGAUCCAGGGACCACUCUGA